UAAUCAAAUUUGAGACGACAUCAGAGGUUCACACACCCGCUAAGAACAUGAAGAUGAGUCGUGUGUUUUUGGUCCUGGGUUUCGUCCUGAUCAUGUCGCUUUACUCAGACGCUGAACCUGAAGCGCUUGCACAGGCGGAGGGCUGCUGUUUCACCUUUUUCUCUGGAACUGUUCCUCCCCAAAACAUCCUGGAGGUUAAGCGGACGGGGGCGCACUGCUCACAGCAAGGCUUCAUUGUUAAAACUCCUAAGUUCUCCAGUCUGUGUGUUCAUGAAGUCUCCGCCAAGUGAAAAGCCACAACUUGAUGCUGUGACCUGAGACACACCGUGCACUCUCACACACACACACACACGCAACUAAUAAAGUUUAAGCUUUAAUCAUUUAUUCAACACAUUUGACUUUUAAUGACUGUUGAACAUGAUGCUUAAUGCAGUGCAGACUCUAAUAAAGUCAUCAUCGCACCA